CAAACCGUCUUUUUGAUCCUCAACAAGACACAUAAUUACCAACCAACAAACCGGCAACAGCUGCCUCGAGGGAGCGACGUCCGGGAGCAGGCCCUGAGAUCACGAGCGACAGAGUUGGAAGUGAGGCGUUCCCCCAAUCGCAUCUUUCCAGCCAAAAAGAAAGAAGAAGAAAAAAGAAGAAACCUAGAACCCGCCGAGUCCGCAACGAUGCUGGUCUCGCUCACCGUUGGCAAGGUCGACGCCGGCGUCACCGUGCUGCUCACCCCUGACAAACGCUUGAUCGAAUUCCCCUCGAUCCUCCUCCCUCCCGACAUCACAUCCGGUUCAAUCGUCGACAUCAAUGUGUCGCGCAACAAGAACUCGGAGGCCGCGGCGGAGCGCGCCUUCAGAGAGCUCCAGGACUCGAUCGUCUCGUGCUUCGGCGCCGCCGAGCCGUCGCCGCCCGUGCUGCGGUGCCGCAACGCGACGCAGACCAGCGUGGUGCUCGAAUGGGACCCGAUCCGGCUCGCGACGGCCGACCUGAUCAGCCUGGCGCUGUACCGCAACGGCCAAAAAGCCGGCAACAUCCCCAAGCCGCUCUCCAUGCACACCACCAAGAUCAGCGGCCUGGCCGUCGACACCGAGUACACCUUCCACCUGGUGCUGCGCACCACGGCCGGCACCUUCGCCAGCGAGCGGGUCACGGUGCGCACGCACAAGAUGACGGACCUGAGCGGCAUCACCAUCACGACGGGCAUCCUGCCGCCCGCGGUGCGCGAGUCCCUGACGGCGGCGGUCGAGCGCAUCGGCGCCAGGAUUGUCGACGGCGUGCGCAUCGACACGACCCACUUCGUCACCACCGAGGGCCGCGGCGUCCAGUGGGAGAAGGCCAACGAGCUCAACAUCCCCGUGGUGCGGCCCGAGUGGGUCGAGGCGUGCGAGCGCAACGGCCGCAUCCUCGGCGUGACAAAGUUCUACCUGGACGCCGUCCGCGUCGGGCCCGCCUUCGACGAACGCCCCGGCACGGCGGGAACGGUCGCCGGCAGCGCGACGACCGCCACGGCCGCGGCGCCGUCACCACCGCCAAAGGAUGCUCCGGCAUCACGGCAGGCCACUGCCGCCGCCGGCGCGAGCGGCCAGGCGGCGGCACAAGAGACGACUACGGAAAACGGGGCGAGGGAGAAAGAGGAAGGGGGCGGCGCCGAGUCGGAUUCGUCAGCUGACGACGAUGACGAUGACGACAACGACGACGACGACAAGAAGGAGGAGAGGGAUCGCGGUGGGGAGGAGAAGCAAAAGGCGAAAUCGGGCGGGCAGGAUGAGCAGAAGAUGCUUGCGGACGAGCGAGACGAAAAGCAGUUGGCAUCGCGGCCGAAGCAGCCAACGGUGGAAGAUGAAGGAGGCGACACCACGGAAGGGGACAAGGCGGCCAAGGACGACGACGACGGCAAGGAAGAGAAGUCGCCCGGCGGUGACCGGUCGUCUUUCCAAGACGUUGCUCUAUAGUUAAUUACGAUGGUCAUGUGUGCAACGGCGAUGGAUGUAAUAUCAAGGAUACCCUGUUUGAGACGUCCAGAGCUUCGGCGGUCUUUCCCACGUCUCCCUCUCCCCCCCCC